UCAAUUCAAAACGUCAGCGUUCUCGGCCUCGAGUAAAGUCUCAACUUAGUUUAGGCUAAAGUUCAAAACUUUGGGUCUAAAACCGCAUCUAUUCAAUAAUUUUGUGGUGAAAUCAAGGAAAUAUCCUGCGAUGGAGGAGCUGCAAUCCGCGGUUAAUUCUCACUUUGAUCAAAUGGCAGACCUGGUGGAGAAGCUCUCGGCGGAAUUCCGCUCCGGGCUCAAACCUGCUUACGAAAAUUUCAUGGGUUUCUUCCACGCCAUUGAUUGGAAGGAACCUUGGUUGAUAUGUCUUCUCUCCUUCCACGUGAUCUUGCUAGUAGUAGUUUUUGUAUCACGGCGAAACAUCAACUUUCAGAUGUUUUUAUUCCUUCUAGCAUUAGGAGGGGUGUAUCUGGCCGAGAGGCUGAAUCAAGUCCUUGGCAGCAAUUGGGAAAGCUUUGCAGGCCAGAACUACUUUGACGCUAAUGGACUCUUUCUCUCCGUGCUCUGGUCAGGGCCCUUGUUAGUGAUCGCGAUCAUAAUCUUGGUGAACACAUUGUUUUCGUUGUGUUAUCUGAUUGUGAGAUGGAAAAGGGCCGAGCUCAAACAUCGCGCAAGAGCAGCUCGUGGUAAGGAGGAAUAAGCAGACAAUGCUUUGUAUUUUAGUCUCCCAUGUGAAGUCCAAAUGUUGGUUUUGCUUACACGCUGGUCUUCUCCUGCUUAAAAUUAUACCCCUAGUUAGUUUGUAAUGCUAUAGUGACUUCUUUUAAUGGUAAAGCAUUUUGUCAUCCAAUAGUACAUCACAAAAUUAUUACUCCAUAAACUAAUGAAGUGUUCUAAUGUUA